CUUUUCCUCCGUCCCUUGGUAACCAGCUGGCAAGACUUUCACGAGCUUGAUAUACGCGCAUUUCACGUCUGUGCCCUACAGCUGUUUAGACAGUGCUGGUAUAACUAAGUAACAUAUCUGAUCUUGUAUUUCUAAGAAGUGGAGAUACAGUUGAUACAUUAAUGCGAAAACACAAACAAAUAAUCACUGUACGUUUCUAGCAAUGAUAUAAUAAUAUGGUAAGGCAUCCGAGUCCAUCCGGUCCGGUGCUUCAAAUACCACUAUCGUUAGAUCCUCAAUAUUAAAGUCAUUCCCCUGCAGGAGCUGCCUCCACCCUUUUCAAGUAAACAGCAUACUUGUAGCUUCAUUGCUCAUAAACCGUUGUCUGACCUCCCUCACACACAAUCCGUCAGCGUCAUAUCCAGAGAGGAUAUCAUUGGCGCUGAAAUCAUUGGUAGCCAUUGUCGCAACGGCUACCAGUCCGCCGGCAUGUAACUGGCUUCCGUACUUCCGCGCAGUCUCUUCGAUCUCCUCCCUGACCAAUCGGAAGAGAGAGAGUGUACCUUCAACACACUACAUCUUACUACUUUCCCUCGAGGGUAGACAUAUUCACGCAUGUCCGAAAGUUAAAACACGCCAUCGGGGAUUCGCUUUUGGCCCAGCUCGACCAUGGCGUGCACGUUGUCAAUCCCUGUUAAGAAGUGGCCUACUGCAGCCAACGUUUCGGUCGCUGGUUUGCCGGUACCGCAUCCGACGGUCAAGAACUUAGGAUUGUGGAGGUAAAUGGCUUAUCGCUGUGCUGAGGAGCUGAUGAACGCCUGGGUCAUAAGCAUAGGCGUCAUCAUACUGUUGUGGUUCAUAAAGCACACUUUCUGCCAUUGUUGACUGAUGACCUUGUUGGAAUGGAUGAGAAUAGAAUGUCGAUUCGUUUAUUUGCGGGAGCUAGCUUUGUGGACCUAAAAACAGGAGUAGUAGGGCGAUAGGGAUAGAGAUAGAGAGAUUUCUUUCCUAUUCAGAGACGGUAUAUUUAUUCGCCGCUUAUUCGUUCAGAAUGUAUGGAGGAUCAGGCGUUGCCGUUGAAGUUGUUUACGGAGUUGGGGGAUGCGUAUCAUUUAAAAGAGGGCGAGGGAUUUUUAUGAGCAGAUUUAGAGGGAUGGAAGGUUUGUGCAUCGGAAUGGCAUUCUUGGCGAUGAGAAAGAAAAGCAAAAAUAAAGGAAGAAAGGGAGGGUGGUUAUGGCUUAUAUACCUUGUUUUAGGGCUGUCUGCUAUAUUGAUUGUGGUAAAUCGAAUAGCUCUUUUCGGAUCUCUUUACUCUUUGCUGGAAAGGCCUCUGCGUUUGGUAUACUGGGACGCCGCGGAAGGCGUUAUAAUACGUAUCAGUGCUCUGAUGACUUCGUUAUCAGAGCAAAGAAUGGGACGUCAUAUUAUGUAGGGCUGCCACAGACACCAGAUCUUAUCAUUCAUAGGACACCA